GGCAAGGUAGCGGUGGCGGAGGCGGGGUUGCGCUUCUCCAGCUCAAGUCCUGGUCCAGAUCCGGAUCCGGUUCCUGCUUUGGCUCCGGCUCCGGGUUCUCUGGAAGGGACACCUCUUCCUUCUCCUCCUCCUCCUCCUCCUUCUUCCGGGACAGCAUUUCACAAUCUACAAAAGGACUUGGAGUCCAAAAGCUCGGGAUUCCUAAAGGCCAGCUCUUCUAGCAGUCUAACCGUGGCAAGUCACUUCUUUUUGAGACUCCAUUUUUGCCUCUUGGUCAAGUGCCAGCCAUCAGUUGGAUGCCUACACUGUCUUUUCCAGCAUUACCAUGUGUCCUUGACUUGCCUAGGCCUGGGUGCUCUUCUGCCAUCUUCCCACUCCUGCAUGUUUAGGAAAGGAAUGCCAGCUUUCAAGAUGGCUCAGCUUUCUAGAACAAUGCUGCGGAAAAAACCACGGUUAUCAGAGUCAAAGGCCGGCCAGAGUCAGGCCAAGUUGGAUUCCUUGGGGGAUCACCCACUUGCCUCACCCAGGAGUCCUGCUCCAGAGUACAGUAUCUAUUUCACUCACCAGAAAAGCAACAGUUCCCGGCUGGGACCUGAGUUUUUUGACCAGCCUGCAAUCGCCCUGGCCCGGGCCUUUCUUGGACAGAUCCUGGUCCGGAGGCUGCCCGAUGGCACCGAACUUCGAGGCCGUGUGGUAGAAACGGAGGCGUACUUGGGAGCUGAGGAUGAGGCAGCACACUCGAGGGGGGGGAGGCAGACACCUCGCAACAAAGGCAUGUUCAUGAAGCCGGGGACCCUGUAUGUGUAUAUCAUCUAUGGAAUGUACUUCUGCAUGAAUGUCUCCAGCCAAGGUGAAGGGGCAUGCAUCCUCCUUCGUUCCCUGGAGCCAGUGGAAGGUCUGGAGAUGAUGCGCCAGCUUCGGAAUGCCCACCGUAAAGGAGCUGCCAGAGCCCUCAAGGACCGAGAACUUUGCAACGGCCCCUCUAAGCUAUGUCAAGCCCUGGCCAUUGAUAAGAGCUUUGACCAGAGGGACCUGGCAGAAGAGGAGGCCAUUUGGCUGGAGCAGGGCCCUGAAAGGCCAGGGGAACACACUGUGGUGGCAGCAACCAGGAUUGGUAUCAACUAUGCUGGAGAGUGGGCCCUAAAGCCACUCAGAUUCUACAUCCGGGGUAACCCUUACGUCAGCGUGGUGGAUCGAAAGGUAGAACAGGAGAUGCAGGCCAGUGGCUAGGGCCCAGCUAGGGAAGGCGAGCUGGUCCUGCUGCUGCUGGUAAAUUCAGCACUUGCCGGCUAAGCCCCUAUUGUAUCAAGGUCAUGGCUUGGCUAGGCUACAAUUGAGAUUUUUAGAGGUUUGGAAAAAUAAAUCCUUGAUUCCAUAAAAUAA